AUGCCCCGCCCCGGACAGGUCCUGGGUCUGGUUGGCACAAACGGUAUCGGCAAGAGCACGGCGCUGAAGAUUCUGAGCGGCAAGCUCAAGCCCAACCUGGGGCGCUACGACAACCCGCCCGACUGGGAGGAGAUUCUCAAGUACUUCCGUGGCUCGGAGCUCCAGAACUACUUCACCAAGAUCCUCGAGGACAACCUCAAGGCUGUCGUCAAGCCCCAGUAUGUCGACCAGAUCCCCAAGGCCAUCAAGGCGACCGACAGGUCUGUUGGCUCCCUCAUCUCCACCCGCUCGCAGAUGGAGAACUUUGACGAGAUGAUCGACGAGCUCGAGUUGAGGCACAUCUUCGACCGAGACGUCAAGCUGCUCUCGGGUGGAGAGCUGCAGCGCUUUGCCAUCGCCCUCGUCUGCGUGCAGCAGGCCGACGUGUACAUGUUCGACGAGCCGUCCUCCUUCCUCGAUGUCAAGCAGCGUCUCGCCGCCGCCCGCAAGAUCCGCAGCUUGCUCCGGCCCAACGACUACGUUAUUGUCGUCGAGCACGAUCUGUCUGUUCUCGACUACCUCUCCGACUUCAUCUGUGUCCUGUACGGAAAGCCCGCUGUUUACGGUGUCGUUACCCUGCCAGCCUCGGUCCGAGAAGGCAUCAACAUCUUUUUGGACGGCAAUAUUCCCACCGAGAACUUGCGAUUCCGUGAAGAGUCUCUGCAGUUCCGUAUCGCCGAGGCUGGUGACGACAUCGAGGUCGACCACUCGCGCGGAUACAGCUAUCCUACAAUGUCCAAGACACUAGGUGGCUUCAACCUCAGCAUCGAGACCGGCCAGUUCGAGGACUCCGAGAUUAUCGUCAUGAUGGGUGAGAACGGAACUGGCAAGACCACUUUCUGCAAGAUGCUCGCCGGCGCUCUCCAGCCUGACGGCGACGUCAAGAUCCCCAAGAUGAGCAUCAGCAUGAAGCCUCAGACCAUCACACCCAAGUUCCAGGGUACCGUUCGUCAACUCUUCUUCAAGAAGAUCAAGGCUGCCUUCCUGAGCCCCCAGUUCCAGACUGAUGUCUACAAGCCGCUAAAGAUGGACGACUUCAUCGACCAGGAGGUGCAGAACCUCUCUGGUGGUGAAUUGCAGCGUGUCGCCAUUGUCCUGGCUCUCGGUAUCCCGGCCGACAUCUACCUCAUCGACGAGCCGAGUGCUUACCUCGACUCUGAGCAACGUAUCGUCGCCUCCCGAGUCAUCAAGCGUUUCAUCAUGCACUCGAAGAAGACUGCUUUCGUCGUCGAGCACGAUUUCAUCAUGGCCACCUACCUCGCCGACCGUGUCAUUGUGUUUGACGGCCAGCCCGGUGUCAAGUCGCGCGCCAAGACCCCCGAAUCCCUCCUCACCGGCUGCAACACCUUCUUGAAGAACCUGGACGUCACUUUCCGACGUGACCCCAACUCGUACCGUCCCCGUAUCAACAAGGACAAGUCCCAGCUCGACCAGGAGCAGAAGUUGAGCGGGAACUACUUCUUCCUGGAGGAUGAGAGUUGA